UUAUUGUUUUGGUAUUCCGGUCUAUGGCAAAUAGUAGGAGUUACGUCACUGAUGUGAAGAAAUUAAAAAUGGCGGAUAAAAAAGAAGCUAUUGGAAGGAAAAAGGAUAGAGAAUCCAAGAAAAAAAUUGGUGGAGGAAGAAUUCAAAAAGAACUUGCUGAAAUAUCACUGGACCCACCUCCGAACUGCAGCGCUGCCCCGAAAGGAGACAAUUUACAUGAAUGGCUUGCUACUAUCAUGGGACCACAGGGAUCACCAUAUGCCGGUGGCAUAUUCUUUUUGGAUAUCACUUUCCCACAGGACUAUCCUUUUAAACCACCCAAAGUUGUUUUUAAAACAAGAAUUUACCAUUGUAACAUAAAUAGUCAGGGAGUAAUCUGCCUAGAUGUUCUUAAAGAUAAAUGGUCUCCUGCAUUGACGAUUUCAAAACUGCUCGUCUCGUUGAUAGCUUUGUUAUCAGAUUGCAAUCCAGAAGAUCCAUUGGUUGGCAGUAUAGCACAACAAUACAUCAACGACAAAGAAAUGCACGACUCUACCGCAAGAGAAUGGACUCGAAGAUACGCCACGUGAUAGCAUUUCACAAGAUGUGAAAAAUGACGGUUUUUAAAGAAAUAAAAUUGUACAGUGGAAGCGGAAUCAUAGAUAGGCUAACGUUCCAGCUUGGUUUGUUCUUGGAAAAUAAAGUGCAGAAUAUGUUAACAAUGUUAAAGGAUUUUGUUUUAUGAAAUUUUGUUGUAUAACGGUGGAGAUUUUGCGAUCGGUGAUGUAUAUAACUCUUGUACAUAAAUAGAUAUAUUGUAAAAAAAAUUUUUUUUUCACGGCA